AGAAGCGUUCUCCACCGGUCCGUCGGGAACGGUCGUCGCCGCUCUCCCCUCUCUCCCUCACUCUCUUCUGGCUCUUCUCUUUCCGUCCCGCUUCUCCCCUCUUCUCUCCUCUUCCUCCUCCCUCCGUGGGGCCGGAAAUCGCUGACGCCCUCCCCUUCUCUCCCCUCCCUCUUUCGCUUUCUCUCCAGCUAGAAAACUGGACUCGAACCGAAAGACUACAUCAGAAAUCUCUGCAGACCGUGACCACAGUGCAAGAAUGUUUUAGAAUCUGAAUAAUGAUAAAAAUUUUCAACGCUGAGGACCGUAAACAGGAGGAUGCAACAAAUUCCAAUGGAAAAGCUUCUGUCCAAAAGCAAAUUCCUGAAGCAUCGUGCCAUCAUAAAGGUUGAUGAUUCUCAUCCUUUUUUCUGGAACACCAUCAUUAGAAGCUAUGUGCAAGGUCUCAAACCAUGGGAAGCCAUAUAUUUUUUCCGUCAAAUGCUGCAGAGAAAUGUUUCUCCUGACAAAUUCACAUUCCCUUUUAUACUUAAAGCCUGUGCGAGUGCUGUGGCACUCAGAGAAGGUGAACAAAUCCACUGUCAUAUUUUAAAGAGCCCUCAUAACUUCGACUUGUUUGUGCAGGGCUCUUUGAUAUUCAUGUACGCCAGCUGCCAAAAGAUUGAUUCUGCACAUGCUUCAUUUGGUGCAAUGCUCUACAAAAAUUUGAUCAGUUGGAACAUGAUUAUCGAUGCUUAUGUCAAACAUGGAAGCAUUAUUACUGCAUUUGAGUUGUUUGUUCAGAUGCCAGAACGUGAUUUAUUCUCCUGGAAUAUAAUGAUCCAUGGGUUCACAAAAAAUGGUCAGAUAGAAUCAGCAAGAAGGCUGUUUGAUGAGAUGCCCAUGAGAGAUAUUGUCUCAUGGAAUUCCAUCAUUGAUGGAUAUGCUAAGUGCAGAGAUAUGAGAGCUGCAAGGAAACUGUUUGAUGAAUCUCCUAUCAAGGAUGAAGUGACCUGGGGAAUUAUGCUUAAUGGGUAUGCAAAGUGUGGUCAAAUCACUAUUGCCCAUAAUUGGUUUGAAAAGUUGCCCUAUAAGAAUUCAAUCAAUUGGAACUGUUUGAUCGAUGGAUAUGUUAGAUGUGGUAAUAUCAUAUUAGCACAUAAGUUAUUUGAUCUGAUGCCUAAUAGAAAUGUAACUUCAUUUAACAUCAUGCUGGAUGCCUAUAUGAAGCAAGGAGAAUUGGGACUUGCAUGUGAAAUAUUUGAUAAUAUGCCUGUGAAGGAUGUUGUCUCUUGGAAUAUCAUGAUUGAUGGGAACGCUAGACUUGGAAGAAUCACAGUAUCGAGAAAGCUGUUUGAGACCAUGCCAUGUAGGGAUGUGGUCUCAUGGAAUACAAUGAUUGCUGGCUACAAGGAUAAUGGAGAAUCCAAAGAAGCUGUUGAACUAUUUACCAAAAUGAAUAUGCUAGGAGAAAAGCCUGAUUGCUCUACUUUAGCUAUUGUUCUUUCGGCUAUUGCUGACUUAGGUUUUUUCCUCCAAGGUAGAUGGGUUCAUGCAUAUAUUGAUAGGUAUAACAUCCCUCUGGAUGGUGUUGUUGGUGUUGCUCUCAUAGACAUGUAUUCCAAGUGUGGUUAUGUUGAUAUCGCUCUGAGCAUCUUUGAUGACAUCCCUCGAAAGGAAAGGGAUCAUUGGAAUUCAAUAAUAUCAGGGUUAGCAGUGCAUGGCCAUGGUAGUCUAGCAAUCUCCUUAUUUCAAGACAUGGAACAAUCAAUGGUUGGACCAGAUGAUAUAACUUUCAUUGGUCUUUUAAGCGCCUGCAGUCAUGCUGGCUUAGUUUAUGAGGGUCAGUGGUAUUUUAAGCAUAUGAGCUUAAAAUAUGGAAUAAGUCCCAAGAUCCAGCAUUAUGGCUGUAUGGUAGAUCUUCUAAGCCGUGCAGGCCAUCUAGAGGAAGCAAUUGCACUGGUGAACAACAUGCCAGUAAGUGCUAAUGACAUUAUUUGGAGAGCCCUUCUUGGUGCUUCUAGGAAUCACGGAAAUAUUGAAAUCGCUGAAUUUGCAGCAAGACAACUUAUCGAGUUGGUUCCUCGUGAUAGUAGCUCUUAUGUGCUAUUGUCUAACAUAUACGUGUUCAGAGAUCAACAUGAAUCUGCCAAGGAACUAUGGAAAACUAUGAAGAAAAAGGGAGUGUCUAAGACCAUUGGUUGUAGCUGUAUUGAAAUUCAUGGAUUUCUCCAUGAGUUUACUGUGGGACGCAAUUCACACCCACAAAUCAAAGAGAUAUACCUUUUACUCGAUAACAUGACUCAAGCAUUGAGUCUCUACAGAGUGUGGUUUCCAAGGAGGUGGUACAGCUUUUAGACAAACUUUUUACCAAAGUGUCAUUCCAUAGGCUAUAUAAUCUGAUCUGAUUUCUGCAAAUGGGUACUUCUUAAUUUGAUUGGUUCUUUCCUUGCUGCUGAUCUUGUUUGUCAAAGCUCUUCUAGUCUGAUAUAUUGACAUCUUUCCUGCAUUUUGAUAGUCAGGUUCUGUAGAUUGACAAUGACCAUCAGUUAUAUAUUUUUAAUUCUUUGACGUAAGAAUUAGUCCUGCUCUUCUAUCACGGAUUCUAGUCCAGUAUACCAAAUGAUGAAAUUCCUUUAUAACGUUUUAGAAUAUAAGUAUUAUGAAUAAAUUGCUUCAUGAACAACUGAAGUUCUUGAGCCUAAAUUUGUACUGCCUACGUUUUCAAAAUAUUUAGUGAUCACAAGUAUUUAUGCACCUGAUAUGAAGCAUGAGAAAACAUUUUUGAUAUGCCUGGACAUGUUUGUUGCUUUUACUCACACCUACAGUUUAGCUUUCUUUUAUCAGUUAGUACAGACAUAAUCCCUGGAACUUGUAUAUGUACAUUUAUUUAUUCAUGAAAUUUGUACAUACUGCUCCUCCUAGUUCAGUUCCUCUUGAAAAGUCUCUAAAUUACAUUAAUUGGAACAUACCCAUGAAUAGUUUGGGCUUAGAAGUCUGGACGGAUUAGAAUCUCAGAUCUAAUAGUAAUAGACAUUUUCCAAGUAAGCAAAUCAUGGAUGAUAUUUCUGAUCUUGUAGCCAAACAUUCACAAAGCUAAUUAGUCGUUCACUAUGGAACAGUACUAGAAAAAUGGGAAUUGGUGAGAAUUAUUUACACCUGGCACUCAUGCAAUCAUCAGUCAUAUUUAAGAUGUUUUUUCACAUACUUUUAUGGAUUAUUUUUUAUCAGUGUGUAGUUCCUCUGAUAGAUAUAUAGCAUGUCUCUACUUUUCAUUUCUGAUAAUGAUAUUUAUUGAACCAAAAUGUCAGGCAAGAAUAAUUAGUUAAACAUUGUAUAUGGGUUUAGUAUCCAUAAUAGCACGUAUAUAAUGUGGAAUGUUCAUAAUAGAAGUUUUUGAUGCAAGUAUAAUCAGCUGGAUUGACAUUAGCAAGAAAUGAAAUGAUGCUGAAUGAACUGUGGUGAAUUCAUGAAGAUAUAUUUGUAUGCAGACAUGAGUCACACUUUAAUCGAACUAUGGAUCCGUUUUUUUUUUUGUCUAUCACUCACACAGUAGCUCAGGUCCUUAGAACUUCCUGGUUGAUUUCAAUAAUGGAGAACUCAACACCGAUGAGCAUGAUUUGGCAUAUGUAACUUAUAUACAGGCCAAACUCUAAAUUUUAGUCAAAUCUCCUACUCAGUUAUUCUAGUGAUUCUAAAACAAUGAACUCUUUUGAAGGUCUGUUGCACUCUUUUGA